GCAGGUUUAGACCACCGAGUCCAAACCCAGCACGCCACAUGACAUCGUUUACAGCACCUGCUGAGGUUAAACAUUACAGAUUUUAUGUUACAGAGUCCAAAGCAGCCAAGAGUGCAAAGAUGAGGACCCGGAGAUUCGUUUUUUAAAAGUGCAGGUAACAGGUGGAUCAUGAGGUGAGUAUCUGCUUCUUCAUUUUACAUUUGUUACGAGUUAUAUCCUAACUCUCAUGGGUUAACCUUCAUGUCUUUCCUUCUGCUCUUAUUCCUCCUUUCGUGCUCCUUGUAUUUCCCACCUUUUCUUAUACUUUGGUCCUUCUUCUGUCCGUCCCUGCUCUCUUUAUUUUUGUGGUCAGGCAGGUUUUCUAGACAAUACUUUAACUCUUCCUAUUCUGGCAUCUCUGAGUCGCCUUUUACCCUGCGGUGAUGAUAUAUGUUUGCCUCCAGUUCUACUUCUUUUUCACUCUUAAUUUUCUGUGACUUCAGCCUCAAAAGGGUCUGUACCGCCCAUCAGGCCACAUUUGAUUAAAAUCAGAUGUGCACAAACGUGCUGCGUUAUCAAAUACAGUUUCUGAACCAUGUUUCAUCUCCAGCCGACUGUUUUUAAACCACAUAAAAAAAGAAAGAUACUGGUGUUCAGUCGGCUGUGUGCUGCACAGAGAAGUUUGGCUCACUAGCUUUGACCUGCUCAGAGUCAUAAGUCUUCUUUUCCUUGUGAUUGAAACCAUGUUGUGGACUUUUUAUUGCCACAUUAUGAUAAAAAUGGUGCUUCACAUGUUCUACUGUCUUCUCCAUCAGUGCUGCAUUUGGUCAGCCAACCCUGGAGGCCAAACUGCACGCCCUGCAGUGCCAUUUCACCUGGGACCUGAACCCCAGCAGACCUAAACUCUUCAGCCUCAGGGACAAGCUGGAGGACAUCGGUACAGAGGAGGGUUACAGCUGGCUGGGUCAUAUUUACAACCUGCAGGGAUACGUCCACUUCCAGCUGGGGUUCACUGCUGAUGCUCAGCGAUUCUUCAGCAGAGCUGCAGAGGCCUUUCGCCAAAUAAGAAACACCGUGUCAGACGAGGGGGCGUGGUUGGUGGUGAACCAUGGGAACCUGGCUUGGCUGCACUACCUCAACGGAGAACAAGCAGAGAGCGUCUCCUACCUUUCUAAAGUUUACGACUUGCUGAGAACGUACCCAUCUCCAUCCCAGGAGGAACUCCAUCCAGAAAUCUGUGCAGAGAAAGCCUGGACCCUGAUGAAGUUUGACACGGCUGAGAAGCUGCAGGCUGCAGAUUAUUUCCAGAGAGCCCUCAGGAUGCAGCCAGGCACAGUGGAGUGGCACACCAGCCACGUCUUAGCGUUGGUGAAUGCUUUUAGAAACAGCAACAACGAGCUGGGGGCCGACAUCGUGGAGAAAAUGAAAAUCGCUAAACAUCACAACCCAGAGAACUUGUACCUCGCUGCUCUGCACUGUGAGGCACGCGCUAAGAGAGGUAUCAAGAUCGAAGUUGAAGCGCGAGAGCUGGCCAGGAGGGUUUUAAGGAAGCCGGUCAGCAGCUACAGCGGGAUCAAACCUUUACUGCGGCUGUACAGGAUGCACUUAUCCAUGGAUGAGGCCAUAGACUUAGCAGAGGAGGCCAUGGAAAGACAUCCAGGUGAACGCUACCUGAAGAGGUGUGCCGUGGUCUGCUAUGAGAUGAGGAUCUUCUCAGACAGGGACAAUCCCUUAGAGCGCAGCAUGAUUGACAGAGCAAUGGUUCUCUGCAAGGAAGUGAUUUCCCUGUACCCCCAGUCCUCGCUAAAGAGGAAGAUAUCUCUUGCAAACAUGUAUGCAGAGACGAAAAACCAAGCUGAGGCUGAUCAAAUAUUCAACGAGCUGCUAGAGAGCAGUCUUGACGCCGAAGGAGCACAGAUGCUUUACAACUACUAUGCAAAGUAUGUUCAUUCCCUUCGAAAGGAGAGCUACAAGUCGAUCGAAUAUCACAUGAGAGCCGCAGAAAUACCAUUUCCUUCUCACUAUCGGGAGAACAGCAUCAGAACUCUGCAGAGGAUCAGAGACAGAAACAGAAACCGGAUGUGUGGAGAAAUAACAGAGUUUCUGGCUCAGCUGACAGACUAACAAUGUUUCACCAAGAGAUCUGGUUUGGUUCGGUACAGCCUGGUACCCUGGUCAGGGUGUGUUGGCUGCUAUUCAGACUGCUGGUGUGAGCAGGGCCUCCUGCUUCAGGCUUGAACCUGUCUGUGUCUGUGUCAUGAACUUUAAACCCUCAUGUCCCAUUAGAGUCUCUAAUACAGUCUUCUCUGGGAGUUCCUGAGCCCCAUCAUGCCAUAUGUUCCUCUGGAUCGCUGCUACAGACGUCCUGCUGCUGUCGGACUAAAAUACACAUAUUGUUCCUUUACUUUUAAAACUAUAACCAUAGAUCUGUAUUCAUUAUUCUGCAUCUACUUCUAUCCCUCUGUCCGAUCCUUACACAGCAGCAGCAGCAGAUGACCUUCUAACAUGAGUCUGGUUCUGCAGGAGUUUUCCACCUGUAUGAUGAUGGUCUUGUUUGCUCUAGUAGGUCAUUAAAAGACAUCAGUCUGUUUACCCACCAGCUAAAAAUGCUCUUAAUGAAGAAAAAAACAUACAUGGAUUGUUUUAUGCAGUUGCCCCUUUAUUAUAAAUGCUAUAAUCUCCAUGAAGAACAAGCACAAAGAAACACAAAGACGUAUUUUUGAGCUACUCCAGACGACAAAAUGACAAACACAUGACACCAAAGUUGAGAAUUAUGCUGAGAUUUUAUUUUCAAUUCAUUUCCUCUCAGAGCUCAUGUCACACACAUGUAUAUUUCUAUAUUUUAAGUCAUGUUUUGGGUCUUUCAUGCGUCUGUAAUGGGGAUGAGGGUUAUAAAAAGGUAAACAAAGGGAGACAGUCAUUCAAAUGUUAUAGAGGUUUUAAUAAUGGUAAAAAAGAGAAGUUAAAAAAAGCUAAAUGUAUUUAAAAUCAGACUCAGUGAUAAUUUCUUAUUUUUGUUGUCCUUGAAAAAGCUGUGUAUGUAAAGGAUAAUACCUAAAUGGGUCACUAGAGGGCGUACGGUCCCUGUGAGGACCAUAAUAGCUGUCAAAAGCUACCUGCUGCUGCAGGCCGGAUCAGAG